AUGGCUGGGAAUAUGUUCGAAUCACUGAUUUCGCUGGCGAAACGCAUCACUGUGCCAAUCACAGCUUCAACCACCGCGGCCGAUCAAGCAGAGAUGCAAAGAGAUCCAUGGUCUCAAUCAGGGAAAUACGCGUUGGGUUGGGUUUACUUCAGCGUCGUUGUUGUCGUCUUGACGUCCCUGGUCCGUGUAUACCAUCUCUUAAGCGAUCGAAUUCGAGUGGCCGUUCACAGAGAGAUCAACCUCUUAUCACCUAAUGGGAAUUCUGCGGGCACUUCAGAUCAGGAGCUCACCAGCGCUGCUACCGACAGUUCUACUAGAAAGUUCUUUCCGAAAACUGGUCCACUUCCCUCGUCAUCCCGACAGCAUGAAUCUUCGUUACUUGCCCCGAUGAGUAUUUCCAUUGCAGUUUUCAGAUGGGUUUUCUACAGACCGAUUCCAACACUGGUUAUCGGCAAGCUACGCAUUGUUUUCCCAGCCCUUUCAGUGGUUGCUCUCGUGACAGCAUGCUUAGUGUUCAUCACGCUGUACUGUUUCCUUCCGCAACCACUGUAUUACACGAGUAUCGCACUAGGUUCACCGCCGUUGGCUAUCCGCGCUGGCAUGGUCGCGGUUGCGAUGAUACCCUGGAUCACUGCGCUUGGCACUAAGCCCAAUGUUCUGGCUCUAGUGACUGGUAUCAGUCAUGAACGACUCAAUGUCAUUCACCGGUGGCUUGGAUAUUUGUGUCUUUUCAUGUCACUCGUUCACAUGAUACCUUUCUACAUUACCCCAGUUUGGGCAGAUGCUGGGGCCUAUGCACUUUUCUCGCAGAAUCUCAUUCCGCAGGGCGUCCAAAUGUAUAUUUACGGUAGUGGAAUUGCAGCGUUCGUUCCACUGGCCGUCCUCUGUAUUCACUCUCUUUCGUUUAUACGCUCAAGGGCAUAUGAGCUUUUUGCUUACUUGCAUGGCCCGAUUGCCGUUGUAUUCUUGGGCAUGCUCAUUUGGCACACGCAGAACUUUCUCAUGUCUUGGAACUAUUUGUGGGCCACGAUUGCGGUGUGGUUCUUCUCCUACUGUAUCAGAGGCAUCUACCUCAAUUGGUUUUAUCCUCUACGGUUCUCAUGGCUGAUCGGGGAAGAAUCUUCGGUGACGAUUCUUCCUGGAAAUGCCGUGAAAGUGACGAUUCCAACAGAGAUGCGAUGGAGACCAGGACAGUUUAUCUACCUCCGAAUGCCGGGCAUAUCACCUCUAGAAAACCAUCCCUUUACCAUCGCCUCUCUUUGCAGCGACGACUUUCCAUCCAAUUAUGGGCCCGAAUACCGUGACAUGGUUCUUGUGUUUCGGCCAUUUGGUGGCUUUACAAAGAAAGUUAUGGAGACUGCAAAACGUAAGGGACCUUACAAGAUUUACCGAGCAAUGCUGGACGGUCCCUAUGGAGGUAUGCAGCGUGAACUAGCUGCAUUUGACGACGUUGUGUUCUUCGCGGGAGGUAGUGGCAUCACUGCUAUUGCUAGCCAAUUGCUCAAUUUGAUUAAAAGGAUGAGAGAUGGUCAUGCUGUGACAAAGACCGUUCGAGUUGUUUGGGUGUUGAGGCGUCCGGAGACAAUGGAGUGGUUCAAAGAAGAGCUUAGGAUCUGCAGAGAAUAUGCCCCUCCGAGCUCUGUUUUCUGCAACUUUUAUUUGACAGGCACGGACAAAGACAAAGCUUACGCUACAGAAACGGUAAACGAGAUUUUGCAUGGAGUUUCCAACAAACGAAACUCAGCAUGGAUUCGCGAGGCAGCUGGGGGUGACCUACAACAAGAGAAGGAGCUUCGACGGGAAAAUGAAGAUGAUAUUGCUCCUCUCCCUAAUGCACAUCUUGCGGGAGGUGUUGGAUCGAGUAGCUAUCCUCCUCCAGCGGCCUAUACUCAUUAUGACCCCUACGCGCCAUAUGCCUAUGGAUCCCCUCCACAAGCCACUCCAUAUGGUGCGCCACAAGCCCAGCAUCAGGGAUUCAAUUUCGGAUUUCAACAGAACCAAUUUCAACAGAACCAAUUUCCACAGCAACAACAAUAUAAUCACGAUCAAUAUCAGCAAUAUGGUCAGAUGAUGCAGCAGGCACCACAACACCUGCCACAACAAUUACAUCCAAUCUCAACAACAGCCUCCAAUACUCGAAACACACUGACGCGGUUUGCCUUCCUUCCACGACAGAAACAAGAUAGCUGGCGCACCGAUUAUUCACGACCCAAUAUUACAGAAUUGUUGCAAGAGCAAUCAAAGAGCUGGGGUCGUCGUACGUGCGUUUUCGUCUGUGGGCCACCAAGUAUGCGAGUUGAGGUGGCUACUACAGUGGCACGAUUGCAACAUCUUGUCAUGACGGAUCCGUCAAAAGACGAGGUCUUCUUACACGCGGAGAACUACGCAAUUUGA